AGAUACACGCUUUUCACAGUCAUACCAGCCGGUGGUGGAAAUGAGUGUGACUAAAUGUAGAAUAAAUUUGAAUAAUGACAACAAUUUGUUGUCUUUGACUUUUAUUUUUGUACCUUUAAACGGGGAAGCAUUUAGCCACUGCACAUUUCCUGUUCCCUAGCAACAAGCGCAGUGUGGAACUGAAAGAAGACAAUUGGAAGAAGAGAGUGCCUUUGUGAUUGAUUUCCGCAUCAAAAGAAGCUCUUUACUCAUGUCAUGACCAUGCUUUGGAGUAAAGAGAUGUGCUCCGAGUCGCUUUUGAAGGUUGGAUUCUCCGACUAUCCUCCAUGGCCUCUCAAGACAGCCUCUGGACAUCACUGUUCUCCAUUGUUUACUGACAAGAAAAGCAUCUAAUGUAUCAUCCUCCUGUACAUAUUUUACAUCUGGUGAGCUUGCUUCGACCUUCAUCUUGUGGCCUGUGCACGACUCCGCACGGAACGCAGUUUUCCCAUGCAGGCAGUGUUGGCUGUUGUGUGCUAACAUGGCCGCCCUUGUCCAGCACACGGACGGUCACUUGGAACGAGAGGAACGCAAAUUCAAAUGUGACAAAUGCGGACGUGGCUACAGACACGCUGGCAGCCUCGCCAACCACAAAAAGGCCCACGACGUGGGAUCCUUUGAGUGCCACGUGUGUGGUAAGGAGAACUCCAAUGCUUUGGCUUUGAAAAGUCACUUGCGGAGUCACACGGCGCGCAAAAAGUACUCUUGUUCGCAAUGCGGCAAGGCUUUCCGUCUGGCAACGCAGCUUGCGACGCACGAGCGAGUUCACCGUACCUCGCAACUAAAAAAGCAGGACGCCACUGAGUACCGACACCCAUGUGAAAUUGCAGAUAACAGUGAGAGCCCCUCGACCGUAGGGAUCCGAAUGGAAAACUGCGCCGUUGAAGGUAAAAUGGAGUUCUAUCAUCCGCAGUGCGACACAUCGGAAAAUGCUGCCGACCGGCCGUUUAAAUGCAGUCUCUGCGACAAGACGUACAUUCACCUGCGAAGCUUGAGCAACCACAAAAAGACUCACCAGUUGGGCAUGUUUGAGUGCACCGUGUGUUUCAAACUCUUCAACAACAUGGCAGCGCUCUACAGCCACCAGAGGACUCACAAGGCCAGAAACGGCGGAGGAAGCGUUAACUCACUAUCCGACAUCUACGCCAAUUCUGCACAGGAACAGUUUCCCCCUCGGAGUCUUGACGCGCCUGUCAACUUCUGCCAUUUGUGUCAAGUUAUGUUCCCGAGCCACGAGGAGUUCCAGGAGCACAUCCAGAUGCAUAACUCUUCUUCUGAUUCCUUUGGGCUUCGGGAUGACACGGCAGGCAGUCACAGUAUGACGUAUGACAUCGUUACCUCGCCUAAAUCUAGCGUUUAUACAGCUAACAUGAAUCAUAUUCCUUCUUUAGCGUCAGUCAAAAGUACUCUGGGUUUUAAUCCACCUCUAGGAACUAUAAACAGUAACGGACAUAUGUAUUCAAACUUCCCGAAUAAUCUAUCUUCCAACUACUCUCAGGGAGAACCCCCACUAAGAAACGCUAGCAUUGGCAAUAUCGCUACAACCGUGUCGGAACUCCGCGACCCUUCCGUCACGGAUCCCGAUGAACGUCCCUUCAGGUGUCAGAUAUGCGGCAAGAGCUACCGCCAUUCCGGAAGCCUCGUCAACCACAAACGCUCGCAUCAGGUUGGGACUUACCACUGCACCAUCUGCAGGAAGAAGUAUCCUCACCUGGCUGCGCUCAAGAGUCACCUCCGCAUCCAUAAAGGCCACAAAACCUCAUUCAACAGCAACGGGGACGGAGAGUGGCUCCCUUCCGAGCCCUUAAUUUCGGUGAACCAGCAGAACCGCCUUUCAUCACGAGAGGAGGAGGAUCGUACGCCCCUCACUCUUGGUGCGGAUGGCGAAAACACCAGGGUAUUCCACGAUCAUCAGGACACGAGCACGAGCCUACCUCACGCCGAACUUGCGAUGCAGAGGCACAUGUGUGCCGACUGUGGGGAUACUUUUGCCGAUAUUUCCAGCAUUGUUGCGCACUCUUGUCCACUACGGCAACAACAGCAGCACACAAAUGAGAGCCACAAUUUCAACGGGAACUUCACAGGCACUGUCGCGCAGUUUCACGGAUUUAACGACUCCAAUCACCAGAGUUACUUAGAGCGGAGCUUCCAAGAGAAUUUGAGCAGCGAACAGUUGAACGCCCACGGCGAAGAAGACGACGGCGAUCUUUUUCAGUGUUCCAUUUGCGGGAACAGCUACAGCAGCAUGCGGGCUCUCAGGAGCCAUCUGCGCGGACACGCCCAGUCCCAGUGCGCAGCAGUCAGCUCGGCAACAUCAGCCAUGUCCUCACAGGAGGAGGUCGGACAAGACCAACCAGGCGAGAUGAUGAUCUGCAGUACUUGCGGAGAAAGCUUCGCCAGCAAGCAGGACUUGGUCACGCAUCAGCUCGUGCACGUCAAACGCCAAGACGAAGACAGUGACGUGGUGUCAGAGGGAAAAGAGGAGCCGCGUAGCAUCAUUUGCGGUCGCUGCGGAACCUCCUGCGCUGGCUACCGUCAUCUGGAGAGCCACGACUGCAUAAUGGAAAAGGAGGAAGAAAAAAUGGUGACUGGUGAGACUGGUGAGGAAGCCAAAGUCAAGAAUUUGCGGCACGAAGUCCGAGGCAAUUUCGAGGAUCGUCGGUACCGAUGCGAUCAGUGCGGCCGUUCGUACAGACACUCAGGCUCGCUCCUCAAUCACAAGAAAUCCCACAAAACUGGAGUAUUCAAAUGCAGUGUGUGCCAGAAACGCUUUUACAACCUGCUGGCUCUUAAAAACCACCAGAGAUCCCACUUUGACAUUAAGAGGUACACUUGCCACGAGUGCGGCAAAGCCUUCAAAAUCCAGAAGCAGCUUUUAAUCCACCUCAGAAGGCACAAGAAGAACCGAGCCAAGAUUCAAGAGCUUAACAACCAGAUCCAAGCACUCGUGCAGAUGAACAACUCUGAAGGCAAGGACUCCAGAGAACCGCAACAAUUACCGACAUGUCAGGCCGCGGUCAAAUCUGAAUUCACCAGCGACAGGCGACCGUUCGCGUGCGAGCAGUGCGGGCGCACCUACCGUCACGCCGGAAGUCUGGUGAACCACAAAAAGUCUCACAAAACGGGUCAGUAUUACUGUUCAGUGUGCAGCAAAGCUUACUCCAACCAGCUAGCUUUGAAGAACCACUUGCGCACCCACUUUGCCAGUCGAAAACAUUCUUGCCAAAAGUGCGGAAAAUUCUUUCGAGGAAAACGGCAGCUAUCAGCUCAUGUCUGCGCCGACUCCCAAAAGUGCGGCAGGCAGAGCUCGAGGUCCCUGUCCUUAAAAUGCAAAGAGUGUAAACAGACAUUUCCCUCUGCCGACCAACUGGUUGACCAUGCCUGCACAGGUGAAGAGAAACGGUUGUUCUCCUGCAAUAUUUGCCACCGUAGCUACCGCCAUGCCGGCAGCCUCCUGAAUCACAAGAACACUCACAAGACGGGUCACUUUGCGUGCACUUUCUGCGCCAAGCCCUUCACCAACCCCAUGGCGCUGCGCAACCAUACACGAAUCCAUACGCAGAAGAAAAAGUACGCCUGCCCAACGUGCGGGAAGGCCUUCCGACUCGCUAGCGUCCUGCACAACCACCAGAAAAUCCACAGCCGCGCCGACGGACACUUCAGCUGUUCGGCGUGUGGGAAGAGCUUUCAAGGAAGGUCGGGACUCAAGAGGCACCGCUGCCGGAGAGGUCAAGGAGAAGACGGAAUGCAGCCAGGAGAGAGUCAGGACAAGUGUUUCACGUGCGACCUUUGCGGGCGAUCUUACCGCCACGCCGGUUCCCUCCUCAACCACAAGAAGACCCACUCUGAAAACCUCCACCACUGCAGCCUUUGUCUGCAGACCUUCCCGGAUCCCGUCACACUUCAGAUCCACUCGCAGAUGAGGCGCCACUGCUGCCCCGAAUGCGGCAAAACCUUCUGUCUUCUCGUGCACCUGCAGAGCCACAUGGAGUCUCACUCCAAGGAGCGCUCUAAGGACUCUUGCUCUGAUAUCAGCUGGACAGAACCUAUGUCCCAUCAUCCGCAGAGUACAACCGAGCAGACGGAGAAGAGCCACAUCUGCGAGCAUUGCGGUCGAACUUACCGCCAUGCCGGCUCCCUCCUAAACCACAAAAACAGCCACAAAACGGGCUCCUUCUCCUGCUCCGUGUGCCAUAAAGAGUUCUCCAACCUUAUGGCCCUCAAGAACCACCGGCGAAUUCACACCGAACCAAAGCGUUACCAGUGUCUAGAGUGUGGAAAGGCCUUCCGUGUGUCCACACAGCUUAUCUGUCACCGGAGAAUCCACAGCAAAGAGAAGCCCUUCUCCUGCGUUCUUUGUGACAAGAACUUUUCCAGCAAGUCCAAUCUCCGACACCACGAGAAGUUGCACCAGAACCACAACGCAUACGACAACUCCUCCUCGUUUAGCUUGGACGCUAACAACUUCAUGGGUUUAGACAUGGGCUCAUUCCUUUGAGGGUCUUUAACUUGCUUUUCCAGCCACUUCUGAAUGUUGUCCUCCGGUCCCACACGGCUCCUCACCACUCAAUUUUUGAAGGUACGUCAUGUGUCGGUUCCAGAACAUUUUGAGGCUCUUCCUCUCAUAGAAUCCCAAAAAUCGGUAUCCCAAACUUUUUUGUGAGUCGUGUUGGUUUGUGUGUGCUAAAGAACCGAUGGCACCACAAGCGUUAAAUACCUCAACUAGUUUGUUUGAAGCUCCCUCCAAGUGACGGACUUAAAUUUGGGAAGUAGCUGUUCGACUACUAAUUUAAGUGGCAUAUGCUUAAAGCUACCUUUUAUGAAUGUUGUCAUAAAAAUGUUUCGUCUUACCUUGAACUUGUUGGCUACCGUUGAAGGCAAUCGUAACAAUCCAAACUUUCUGUACAAAUUUUACUAUUGCUGAAUAUGUGUCUUUUUGUGUUGUGCCUCGUCCCCACAUUUCUUAUCAGAGGGGCAUUCAAAAAGUGAUGCACUGAAGUGCAUUGCUCGUACAGGAUUUUACCAAUCUUGUUUAUAUUUGGCACAAACAUGAUAGGACACACCUUUUUGCGAUUGUUAUAUGUGUGUUUCUUAUUUUCAGAUUUUUAAAGCUUAAACUGGCUUCCAAAAUGGCUGCCCCUCUUGAAGCUCGUCAGAAACAAAGAGCUGUAAUCAAAUUCCUUGUUGCAGAGAGAGCAACCCCUCUGAGGAUUCACAACCGGCUGGAAAAUGUCUACAAGGAUGAUACCAUAGACUAUAGUACUGUAAAAAGAUGGGUACAGCCAUUGAAAAACAGUACUGAAGACCAUGAAGAGGUGGGUAAAGCCAGCAUAGCCGAUAAGUCCUGUAGUGGUCGGCCAUCCACCUCUGUCAAUCCUGACAACAAAACUUAUGCUGAUGAGUUAGUUUAAGCUUUAAAAAUCUGAAAAUAAGAAAAACACAUAUAACAAUCGCAAAAAGGUGUGUCCUAUCAUGUUUGUGCUAAAUAGAAACAAGAUUGGUAAAAUCCUGUAUGGGCAAUGAACUUGAGUGCAUUACUUUUUGAAUGCCCCUCGUAUCAUGCAGGGUUUCCUCCUAAAACCUUGCAAAGCCUGACGGCAGAGAAGCCUUCUGGCAGCCCAACAGGUUUUUUUGGGAAAAAACAUAAUAAAAUGUUAAGUUGCCAAAUUUAUAAUUAUGACCAUUAUGUGCUAUUAUAAGUAGUGUUGCAAUGAUACCACUUUUUUCCUCCCGAUACUAGUAACGACACCCGGUUGUGUGAUAUCAGCCAAUGAGCAGAUACUGUGUCGAUAUCAAUUUUUUUGAAAAAAUAUUUUUAAUUCUUGAUGACAUGCAUACUCGAAUGUAAAAUAAUUGCUAUCAUGACUGCUUAUAAACAUUUGUGGAACAAGAACAAUGACUAAUAGGCUACGGUCAUACUACAGGUCUUAAUGCACAAAUCCGAUUUUUUCGUGUUUUUCCGACUCGAGUGAGGCAUUAGCUUGACAGUCUGAACGUGACAAGUCGCAUAGAACUGGACCAUUUCAAAUCCGAUCUGGGUCACUUUCGUAUGUGGUUCAAAUCCGAUCUGGGCCACAUUUUGUUCAGACUGUUGCGGCGGUCUGUACUGUCCAGUCUCCAAAAUCGGAAUUCAUGCAGCAAUUAGUCAUCAAAAAGCGAGAGAGACGCUACGCUAGCAGUGCAGCUGUGCGUUAUUAGCGCCUAGCUUGCCUUGAACACGGCUUUUUAAGAAGGGUCGGACUUGACAACAGUCAUUAAAAAAAAUAGUAAUGGGUUGAGGAUAAGCCUGAGAAUGAUCGGUUUUCUGUCUACUCCAUAUAAGCAAUAUUUCAACAUUGCUUACACGGCCGAGAGUUGCUUACAAACUGCCCGUAUGUGUGUGACAUGCACGGACAGUGCGUGCAUGCUAUCGAUCCAUAUAAACUUUGAAUAAUUAUUACUUAGGGAUUAUAUAGGGAUUAUUUAUGUCUGUUAUUUGUGUCCUCAUUUUGAAAAGCAAAAUAUGAUAUCCCUGGAAUGACUGAUGAAAACCAGUAUGUGCGGCCAUUUGUUUUGAUGCUUCUGCGCAUGCGGGUCUUCUUGCUCAGCGCAUGUCGGACUGCAAAUUAGAGCACAUGCGUAAUACUUGAAUGGUCACAAUGGACAAAGGCAGUCUGAAUGGGCACGCCAAAAAAACGGAUAUGACAAAAAAAAUCGGAUUUGUGCAUCAAGACCUGUAGUAUGAACAUAGCCAUAGAAACACUGAGUGUACAGUCAAUACCAUUAUACCACAUUUGUUAGCUUAGCUAAUGUGCUAAUCACUUUUUGUGCACAAUCAAUACCAUCAUACCACAACAGUAUGUUAUCUUGUCUUGUAUGUGAAUUACUUUUGUUAGACUUUACAAGUUUGUUAGCCUAAAGCUUGCAUCUUUAUGUAAAGUAUGCUAAACGUUAAAUCCUGGCUACUAUUACCGUUUAACGUGUAGAUUUAUCCACCAUUUAAAGUACAGGUUCUAACAUGGAAAAUAUGUCUGCUAAACAUCUCCGAGGCUCAAAACGCUACCAUUUUCCAUCUCAAAAAUAAAUAUUUGACUUUUAGCUAUAUAAUUUUUUCUACCUUCAAUGCGCUCUCCUUUAUUUUCUUCUUCGGUGGCAUUUGUAAUCGCCGGCCAUCUUGGGGUGGGCAACAAGUGCUGCUUAUUUUACAGCAGUGUUCAUAACUGGCGGCCAUCAUUGGGAGUGCAACCAGCUGUUGGAAACUAAAUGUCAAAGAACACAUAUCGCGCAUCAUCGGUGUAUUAUUUCUUAAUAUUCGCAGAUAAUGAUGCCUGUAUUUUAGCGACCCCUUCCGAUCCGAUAGUAGUAUCGGUGCAGCACUAAUUAUAUGCCAUUUAUUAACAAUACUUGUCUUGAAAUACAGUUUUAACGAGGGAUCUCCCGAUCGCAUAUUUUUGCACCUGAGUCCAAGUCACUUUAUUUUGAAAAUCUGCCAAUACAGAGUCCCGAUCCGAUCGGAAAAAAAAGUUGUUAAAAAAAAAAAGUUGUCAGUUGUCAAACAUGUUACUGUCGUACCAUUCCAACUUCAUGAUGUGAAUUCAUUUUAAACAGUAAUGCAGAAAAAUGCUUGUCUUUAUUAAAUACUUCAUUGAGUGACGCUUUGACGCUCACACUGCUGCGAAUAGCUUCUCACAUACACAAUGAGUUGCCACAGCACACUUAUGCAAGUUUAAUGAUGAUUGACACAUUUGUGCCUUUGAUCGUUGAGCUACCUAGCUUCUCUGGCAAGAUCAAAGCUACAAACCUGUCAAUAAUUGCUAACUUUAAGUUCUAAAUGCAAGCUGGACAGUUUGGCCGCACUGCUUAGCAUGUGGGAGGUUGAGAGGCUAUGGCGCUGUAUGAAGCAGGAAAACAUAUUUUUUUAAAUUAAAAAACUAAUCCUUUUCACCCAAUUCCGAUCCUCUGAGAAAUGGCUGACCGGCCUGAUUUUGGAUCACGUGAUCGGAUCUGGACAUUCCAAGUUUGAACAAGCAAACAAAACUACACUUCAAUGGCAAAGCGCAAAGGAAGGUUUGUUCAAAUAUCACAUGCUAUGAGAAAUCGCCAUUACGCUUUCAAACGUAUCACCAGACGCAGUUAAAAUGCACUUAAAAUACAGUGGGGCAAAGAAGUAUUUAGUCAACCACCAACUGUGCAAGUUCACCUACUUCUAGUCUCCUACUAGAUUAGAGAGGCCUGUAUUUGUCAACAUGGGUAAACCUCAACCACGAGAGACAAAAUGUGGACAAAACCCCCCAGAAAAUCACGUUGUUUGAGUUUUAAAUAAUUCCAAAUUAGAGUGGAAAAUAAGUAUUUGGUCACCUACAAACAAGCAAGAUUUCUGGCUGUCAAAGAGGUCUAACUUCUAACUAGGCUCCACUCGUUACCUGUAUUAAUGGCACCUGUUUUAACUCAUUAUCAGUAUAAAAGACACCUGUCCACAAUGACAGUCACACUCCAAACUCCACUAUGGCCAAGACCAAAGAGCUGUUGAAGUACACCAGAGACAAAAUUGUAGACCUGCACCAGGCUGGGAAGACUGAAUCUGCAAUAGGUAAAACGCUUGGUGUAAAGAAAUCAACGGUGGGAGCAAUUAUUAGAAAAUGGAAGACAUACAAGACCACUGAUAGUGUCCCUCGAUCUGGGGCUCCAUGCAAGAUCUCACCCCGUGGCAUCAAAAUUAUAACAAAAACGGUGAACAAAAAUUCCAGAACCACAUGAUGGGACCUAGUGAAUGACCGACAGAGAGCUGUGACCACAGUAACAAAGGCUACUAUCGGUAACCCAAUGCGCCGCCAGGGACUCAAAUCCUGCACUGCCAGACGUGUCCUCCUGCUGAAGCCAGUACACGUCCAGGCCCGUCUGCGGUUCGCUAGAGAGCAUUUGGAUGAUCCAGAAGAGGACUGGGAGAAUGUGGUAUGGUCAGAUGAAACCAAAAUAGAACUUUUUGGUAGAAACAGAGGUUCUCGUGUUUGGAGGAGAAAGAAUACUGAAUUGCAUUCGAAGAACACCAUGCCCACUGUGAAGCAUGGGGGUGGAAACAUCAUGGUUUGGGGCUGUUUUUCUGCAAAGGGACCAGGACGACUGAUCUGUGUAAAGGAAAGAAUGAAUGGGGCCAUGUAUUGAGAGAUUUUGAGUGAAAAUCUCCUUCCAUCAGCAAGGGCAUUGAAGAUGAGACGUGGCUGGGUCUUUCAGCAUGACAAUGAUCCCAAACACACAGCCAGGGCAACAAAGGAGUGGCUUCGUAAGAAGCAUUUCAAGGUCCUGGAGUGGCCUAGCCCGUCUCCAGUUCUGAACCCCAUAGAAAAUCUGUGGAGGGAGUUGAAAGUCCGUGUUGCCCAACGACAGCCCCAAAACAUCACUGCUCUAGAGGAGAUUUGCAUGGGGGAAUGGGCCAAAAUACCACAACAGUGUGUGAAAAGCUUGUGAAGAGUUACAGAAAACGUCUGGCCUCCGUUAUUGCCAACAAAUGGUAUAUAACAAAGUAUUGAGAUGAACUUUUGAUAUUGACCAAAUACUUAUUUUCCACCCAGAUUUGCAAAUAAAUUCUUUAAAAAUCAAACAAUGUGAUUUUCUGGGGGGGGGGUUUCACAUUCUGUCUCUCAUGGUUGAGGUUUACCCAUGUUGACAACUACAGGCCCCCCUAAUAUUUUCAAGUUGGAGAACUUGCACAAUUAGUGGUUGACUAAAUACUUAUUUGCCCCACUGUAUGUAUUCUUUUUUAUACUUCUAUAGCACAGAUUUAGCCUGGCGGCCCACCAGGCUUAUAAAGCACUUGGGGAAACCCUGUCAUGUUUUCUUUUGCCUUCUUUUAUCCUCACGAGCACUAAAUACCUCCAAGGCUCCGACCGUGAGCUUCAUGUUUGCCCGAAACUGACUAUUUAUGCCACUUUGACUAUUCUUUCCAUGUUUGUAUUCUGUAUCAACUGUGCUCUUGUUUAUCCUCCACGCCAAGCAGCAAAUGCACAUUCAAACUAAUAUUUAGUUGCAGCUCGCCAACGUUUAUGUUAACGUUUCCGUCUCCUGUGGCGCUUCCUUCGCCUCCUUCCUCACUGAACUUGUCUACUGUCCACUGGAUCUUUGAACUUUUCUUCAGUAGAAAAAAGUAUAAGAUAGACUACCACCUCAUAUAUUGGAUUUAAGUAUUUAUCGCCUAUUUAUACAACUAUUUUGUCACGGAAGUGUAGAUUUCUACUAGUGGCUUAGAUUUAGGAUGGAAGCCAAGUCAUGAUUAAAAAAAACCUUGCAAAUCAACACGUGUGUUGUUUCUGUUCGCUCACAUGACAACCAAACAGCGCAAGUACGGUUCAAGGUUUUAUUGUGAAAAUACAUUUUGAUACUCAAAGCAAUAAGACGACUGCAUUUGGUCAAAAGAAGCCAGUGCAUGUACACAAAAUUUAUAUACAUUUAGACAAAAUUAGGAAGAUGUUAGUAUCAUAAGAAUUUUUUUUUUUUAAUCUUCAUUUAUAAGUCCCUUUCUUAAAACAAUGUGCU